AUUUCCUGAGGUGCUGACAAAGAGAAUUUGUUUGAUAAUCAAGAGAUGCUUUACUUGGGGAUCAUGUCCUCUAUUCUCAUUACCUUACUGUCUGAUUCAAGGGUGAUAUUAUAAGGAGAAAUUAGAAACUAGUCAAUCUUACAGGUUUAAGGGUUAACCUCGACAAUCAGUGGUAAAUCCAAUCUAUUUCCUUUAGCUUUAUCCAUUAUCGUGCUUACUUAGAAAAUAUAAUUUUGGUGGUGGUGUUUUUGAUUUUUCUCUUUUUCUGCACUAAUGCAGUAGUGUUUUUUUAAUGUUUGGGCAUAAUUAGACCUUAAGGGAUAGAUGUAAGGUAACAAAGGAAAAACUUCAUGUAGAGUUACUGUGAGCUGAAAAUUACUUCUUAAAAGGGAGAGCCAUACAAACAUAUUUAGCUUUUAACUACAUAUAUAGUUAUAAGCAGCCCCACUGCCAAUUUGAUUCUGAGUUUACAAAAUCUGAAAGCUUAAACAUAUGGUAAAAAAAUUUUAAACAUUGUGUGUGGUGUGAUAGUGUUCAUAAUGUAGUCUGAUUGUCUGAAUGAGUGCAGUACUGAGAGCUGAAGUCAUCAUCACUGUAUGUGAUGCAUGUACUUCUCUACUGUUGAACUGAAUACAACUGCCUCACAGUGUGUCAAUUCAUUUUUAUUACUUCUGAUCAUCCUCAAAACAGGGUCAGUCAUGCUUUUGAGAGCAAGUCUUAGGCAACCUCUUUGUCAUUUUAUCUGGAAGAGAACAAAGACCACAUCCAGUGUAAAUUACAUUAAAGCUCUGGUGUCUGAAGAUUGUUUAGAAAUAGAAUGGAAUGAUGGACAUAAAUCUAGGUUUCAUAACAGCUGGUUAAGGUUUUCUUGCCAGUGUGAACACUGCAAGCAGUCACACAGUGGCCAGAGGACCAUUGACACCCUUUCCAUUCCAGAACCACUUGAAAUCUCAGAUUUCUCACUUUCUAAAAAUAAGGAAAAUCUUGAAGUGAAAUGGGAGAAUGAAAGAGACCACCAAGGUGUACUCAACUUACAGUGGCUGAGAGAAAAUUGUUACUCUGAAGUGGCCAGAAAAUUAGACAACAAAAGAAGAAAAACUCAACCCCAUAUUGGCGAGCACAGUUUGCCAGAGGUUGAAUAUAGUACCAUUAUGGAAUCCAGGGAAGGUCUUUGGAAAAUGCUGUCUCAGCUAAGUGACCAUGGUGUUUCGUUAGUUAAAAAUGUUCCUCAUGACGAUGAGGAAAAUGUGUUAAAGGUUGGAAGACUAAUUGGACCGAUACAAGAGACCAUUUAUGGAAAAAUGUUUGACGUGGUUUCCACCCCAAAUCCAAUCAAUAUUGCAUAUUCCAGUGUAGGCCUUAGUUACCACAUAGAUCUUGCUUAUUACGAGUCUCCACCUGGACUACAGCUUUUGCACUGCCUCAGGUUUGAUUCUGAUAUCGAAGGUGGGGAAAGUUUAUUUCUAGAUGCCUUUUACGUUGCUGAGGAAUUCAGGAAACAAUUUCCUAAAGAAUUUGAUGAUCUUGUGAGAAUUCCAGGAACAUUUCAGAAGAUACAUUUUGAAAGGGAUUAUCCAGUCAAGUUAGUUUACAAGAGACCGCACAUUGUUCUCAGUCCAGAUAAAGAGAUUGUGGCCGUAACUUGGGCGCCACCUUUUGAGGGUCCCUUGUCAGUUCCGGAGGAAGAUGUUGAACCGUAUUAUAGAGCUUAUAGAUUAUUUUCAAAGAUGAUGGAAGAAUCUCCUUUACAGAAAUCGGUGAGGUUGCAUCAAGGAGACUUAGUAUGUUUCAACAAUCGGCGUAUUCUUCACGGAAGAAACUCUUUUAAUUUAAAUGGCGGUGUUAGGCACUUUAAGGGUGCCUAUGUCAACAUCGACGAGUUUAGAAAUGCAUUUCAAGUGACAUCAGAGCUGGUCGGAUCUGGAGAGCCCUGCAGGAGAUCUGGAAACCAUUGCUUCCUUUAGGAAAGCACAAGAAUUAAAUAGGCCUUUUGAUUGCUACUUUUAUCUUCAUUUCUGUGACAUUGUAAUUCCGAAAUAUUUGGAAGAAUAGGGAAAUUUUUACAUGCGGGAGCUGGCUCGCUUGUUUUUUAGAGAUCAUCACAUAUUUAAUUGUUAUAUUAAUGAGAAAGAUGAAAAGGGUGGCUAGGAUAAUGAGUCUUAGUACACCGCAUAGCACUGGUAUGAUAUUGAUGUAAAUUAUUAACUUAUAUGAAUUGUCUUAGUCAUUUUGCACCACUGUGCCAACAAGGGUCACCGUGAUUAAUACACCAUUGGUAAAACUAGAUUUGUUACAAGUUGUUGAGAAUUUAACCUUGUGGAAUUUAAAAUAUAUGGCUCUUUGACCAGCACUGCGGCUGUCAAUACCCAAUCUUAAGCCAUGGGAACUAUUGACUUAGACGAAUUUACUUAUCUUCAUCCAGGAAAUAGGGUACAUUUUGUAACGAGAGAUGACUGUGAUGAAGCAUAUGCAGCACAGAGAUCAUACAUCGGGCAUGCGCAAGGGGAUCAAUUAAGUCAGCGGCGUGCCAAUUUCCCGCAUGAGAAACAAUCGUUUUCACGCUAAUUAUGCGAAACGACUAAAAAAGCAUUGACACGUUUAGGUAAAUCUGUAAAAGUAAAUAAAGUAGAGAAAGAGAAAACCCGAGACUUUUCCAACAGAAAGCCUAUUUGAUUACGGGUUUCCAGCUGAAUUACCGUUUAUUUUUAGCUUUACCGAAAAGUUGAAGGUUUUCAGACACCGCAACUCUCUCGUGUGGUUGUGUAUAGGACAACUUGGUUUUUAUACCCUGAAAGCACAUUACCUAGCCUCUAAAAUAUCCUCACAUGCUCAGGCAUUUGACCGCUGUGUUAGCUUAUGCAGGGAUAUAUAAUACAUAACAAAUUGAAGCCUCCAAGAUAAGUGAUUGUUUAAUGCGUCAAGUGAAGAAAACUUAAAGGAUAUUUAUCAAAGAACAAACUGAAAUUGUUUGUUACCUGCGAUUUUUCAGGGUAUAAAUGCAAGGCUGGAGUAAUUUACCGAUGUUUUUUUUUUUUGUUUUAUGUUUUCCGAGAUUUUUCGGUUUAAAAAAGAGUACGAAUUUUUAAUUGAAAUAAAGAGGGUCUAAUCACCGGUGAGAAGUAA